UUAAAAUCAAAACAAAUAAAAAUAUUGAUGAAUACAGUAAUAGCUUUUAUAAUUCACGUUCCAUAUAUCAAAAUCAAAGAAUCAAUAAUAGUGCAUUGAAUACACUUAUUUAAUAAUUAAUGAUCAAGAACAAUUCAAUAGAAAUUUUGGCGUUGGUUUAAAAAAUGCCCCAUAGUCACUGUAAUCAUGGAAGUCAUGAUCACGAUCAUGGGAACCCAGAAGAAAUAGGUUUACAGUAUAAUCUUUACCAAAAAAUUGAUAAAGAAAAUGUUCAAUGUCUCAACGAAAGUGUAGAUGGUUCCGGAAAAACUGUAUUUAAACCUUGGGAGAGGCGACUCGAUACUUCUGAGUAUGUGGAAAGUGAUGCUGAUGAAGAGCUGCUGUUUAAUAUUCCUUUUACAGGCAAUGUAAAGUUAAAGGGUAUUAUAAUAAGAUCAGAAGAUUCAGAUUUACACCCUUCUAAGUUAAGAUUAUUCAAAAAUAAGCCCAAUAUGACAUUUGAUGAAGCUUCAAUGGAACCAGACCAAGUGUUUGAGCUGCAAAAAGAUAGCCAAGGCAUUUUGGAGUAUACACCUAAAAUAGUCACAUUUUCUUCGAUGUCGCAUUUAACAAUGCACUUUCCUACAAAUUUUGGUGCGGAAACAACAAAAAUUUAUUACAUUGGUUUGAAAGGGGAAUGGACACCAGGGCACAAGCAUGGAGUGACAAUUUGUACAUAUGAAUCAAGACCUAUGCUUGAUGAUCAUAAGUUAAAACAUUUAGAUUCUGUUGGUAGACCAAUAGAGUAAUAUUAACUAUGCCAAUUGUAAAUACUUUAUUGUACAUGCCAUAAUUGUUUUGUCAUUGAAAUAAACUACUUCAUGAAGUUUUAAAUAUUUUUAUUUAUUAUACAUAACCUUUAAAAAAACUUGUUAUUUAUAGAGUAAAACUGGAAUGGAUCUUGUACUUCUGACAUGAUUUCAAAACUUAGUUGCCUAGUUUUGACUGUCAUCAAUUAACACAUUCAAUACCACCAACUGUCUAUCUGGAAAGUUCACCUUUAAAUUAAAGAAGCGUGGUGAUUUGAUGCGUGUUAAAAUGACACCUGUAAGGCAUUUUCGUUUCUGAUGGAAUAGAUUGAAGGCAAGAAAUAGGAUUUCGUAAUAAGUAAUUAAAGCAACAAAUUCUUACAUAUUAUUUUAUUAACUUACAAUUAUGUUCGUUAUUAUAUGUUAUUAUUAUUUACAAAAUUUGGGCGUUUUAAACGAUUUCUUAUAAUACGGGACCUUUGUAUCCUUGACAGUGAAAAAAUAUUCAUUAAAUCACUAAAA